UCUCAGUCCCUCGCACCUGUCAGACACUAACGCCAGAAAAAACCCUAGAAAGCGCGAAGGGAGACGAUACUCAAACGCCAGGUUAUUACUUUUCCAAGUCUCGAUCAUUAAUGGCGUCUCCGCAGCAACCUACCGCUGGAUCUAACCCGACUGCCCAAGUGGUCGGGAAUGCUUUUGUUCACCAAUACUACAACAUCCUUCAUCAAUCACCCGAGCUCGUGUAUCGAUUUUACCAAGAAAGUAGUAAGCUUGGCCGCCCCGAGCCUGAUGGAACCAUGAGUUCAGUCACGACCAUGCAAGCUAUCAACGAGAAGAUACUCUCUCUCGAUUACAGUGAUUGCGUAGCAGAAAUUAAGACAGUAGAGGCCCAGGAAUCACACGAGGGUGGAGUCAUUGUCCUCGUGACAGGGUAUCUCACUGGGAAGGAUGGUGUGAGGCGAAAUUUCACCCAAUCCUUUUUCCUUGCUCCUCAAGACAAAGGUUACUUUGUUUUGAAUGACUUAUUUAGAUAUGUUGAGGAGGUUGAACAUCAUGGUGGGGAACAGAGUUUGGGCAACGGUGUAGCUACUCAUCCAACUCCGGACCAGGAUCCUGCUCAGGCACAGUGGGUUGCUGAGCAAACAACUGCAUUGCCGGAGGAAGAAGUUAAUGGUGAGGAAGUAUAUAAUCCCUCUGAUAAUGAGGAUGGUUCUGUUGUGGAAGAGGAAGCACCAGCACCCAAGGUUGUUGAUGAGAUUCCAAUCAAGGUGGCAGAAUCUGACUCUGCUGUCCAAGAAGAAGCGCCUAAGAAAUCAUAUGCUUCGAUUGUGAAGGUUAUGAAAGAGAUUGGAGGAGGGCUUGUGUCAGUUCCUACACCUUCUCCUGCAAGACCAGCUCCUUCAAAUCAGGAGCGGUUGGUGGCAACUCCUCCACCUCCAGCCCCAGCAGCUGAAAUACCAGUUUCCAGUUCAAAUGCAGUGGAAGGUGGCAAUAAUCAAGAGGGUGAAUCUGAUGGUCACUCGAUUUACAUUAAGAAUCUGCCACUGAGUGCUACACCUGUACAACUUGAGGAAGAAUUCAAGAAGUUUGGUCCUAUCAAGAAUGGUGGUGUUCAAGUUAGAAGCAAUAAGCAACAGGGGUUCUGUUUUGGAUUUGUGGAGUUUGAGGUGACAACUGCUGUGCAAAGUGCAAUAGAGGCUUCACCUAUUACUAUUGGUGGUCGCCAAGCUGUGGUUGAGGAAAAGCGGGCUUCUAGUUCCAGAGUGAACAACAGGGGUCGGUUUCCACCAGGGAGAGGGAAUGGUUUCAGGAAUGAUGGGGCAAGAGGGCGUGGAAACUAUGGCAAUGGUAGGGGUUAUGGUCGAAAUGAAUUUAAUAAUAGGAACGAUUUUGGAAACAGGGGUGGCAGUGGUAACAGAGGAGGAUCGUUUAGCCGUGGAGUUGAGGGUGGAAACCAAAGGGAUGACUAUGGUGCUCGGGCUAACCGCACUGGUGGUUUGGCUGUAAAUGCUACAGCUAAAAAUGUGGCACCAAGGGUGUCUGCUCCUGCUUGAUGUUUGUCUGAAGGUGUGGGCAGGUGCUCAUUGUAGUUCAUGUUCUGCAGAUUAUUGGUGGCAUGUGGAUGUCAGCUUUUUCUUGCCAUUGUAGGCGUAAUGAUAGCCAUUCAGAUUUUUCAAUCUGGACUCUCUUAACCUCUUUUUGUUUUCUGUUUUCAUUUUUGGCUUGUGUACCCUUCCUGGGUAUAAGCAGCAAUAGGUAGGUGGUAUAUGGUUAGUUGGUAGAAUUGCUUGUCUAGUGUGUCAGUAGUGUCAGUAUCAGUGUUGUACACCAUUCCACAAUUUUCUGCCCAUUUUUAUCAUUUUGUAGCUUAUUAUUCUUUUCAUGGAAGUUAACUUUGAAGGCAUUUGCCUUUGUUUUUUUUUACGGCUUCCAUCGAGGAAAUGGGGAAUUGGGAGUUUGGAUGUACUGGGAUUGUUUUUUCCCCAGUCUCAUUUUUUAUGGAAUUAUUGAAAAUGUGAUGAGAUUUGUUUUAUUCGUAU